CGAACAUAAACGGUAACUUAGCUGAGACUCAAUGGAGGUUAGCUGUCCCUCUCUCUGAUCUCUGAGAGAAGCCAUAGUUUCAGUUUCUGUUCUCUCAUCUCUUUCUCUCUCUUUCGAUUAUAAAUAGUAUGAACCAUCAUCAUCUCUCAGAUUCUCAACUCGAAACCCUAAGAUUGCUAGGGUUUUGAGCCAUGCCUUCCUUUCCCAAAUUCUUCCAUGCCCGUCAACCUCCCUCGCGCAGUAAAUUCACGUUCUUCAUCCUCCUCUGCCUCGUCACCGGCUUCGGCGGGUUCCUUUUUGGGAUCCUUGCCUUCCUCCGUCCAGGUUCAGGGUACAGUUGCAUUGGCGGCGGCGGCCCGGUCAGAUCGGUGUCUGUGGUUUGGGAUAAAAGUGGCGGUGGAGGGGGCGGGGGUUCCGGUGAUGGUGGUGGUGGGGAUGGGGGCGGGAAGAGGUAUAAGGUGAUGGGGUUUGUGGGGAUUCAGACUGGGUUCGGGUCUGUCGGGCGGCGGCGGUCGCUGAGGAAGUCGUGGAUGCCCGCGGAUCGGCAAGGGCUGCAGCGCCUGGAAGACGCUACUGGUUUGGCAUUCAGGUUUGUUAUUGGUAGAACCAACGAUAGAGCAAAGAUGGCAGAACUCAGAAAGGAGGUUGCACAAUAUGAUGAUUUCAUGUUAUUAGAUAUUGAGGAGGAGUACAGUAAGCUCCCAUACAAAACGCUAGCUUUCUUCAAAGCUGCCUAUGCACUUUUUGACUCUGAGUUCUAUGUUAAAGCUGAUGAUGACAUAUACUUGAGGCCAGAUCGCCUGUCACUGCUCUUGGCAAAAGAGCGUUCACACUCUCAAACUUACCUUGGAUGCAUGAAGAAGGGUCCGGUUUUCACUGACCCAAAGCUGAAAUGGUAUGAGCCACUCUCCUACAUGCUUGGGAAUGAGUAUUUUCUCCAUGCUUAUGGUCCAAUAUAUGCUCUUUCUGCUGAUGUUGUUGCAAGCUUGGUUGCUCUUAGAAACAACAGUUUCCGGAUGUUCAGCAAUGAGGAUGUUACAAUUGGGGCAUGGAUGCUGGCGAUGAAUGUCAACCACGAAGAUAAUCGAGCACUGUGUUCACCAGAGUGUACAUCAUCAUCAAUUGCUGUGUGGGAUAUUCCCAAAUGUUCAGGUCUUUGUAAUCCAGAGAAGAGGCUAUUGGAACUCCAUCAAAAAGAGAUCUGCUCAAACACCCCAACUUUGGUAUCUGAUGAUUAGCAUUCUUCCUGCUAUCAAUUAUGUCUGAUUCUAACCAUCCUUCUUUCCGUUUUCUGUGUAAUUUUGUCCCUUUUUACAAUGAUAUAAAUUCAAAUACAAUUUUGUCACAGCAUCACAAUUUUCCUUUUAUGUCAAGAGUGAAAAAAUCUAGGAAAAUGGGUAGUUAUUAUGUUGCCCAUGCUAA